ACAUAGCCGAGUGAGAGUGCGGACGCUGCUGGAUAUUUCUCUCGUAAUUCACUGAAGCAUCAUGUAGUCAAGGCCGCAGCCUUCCCUUCACGAUGGCGGUGGAGGCGCGAGUGAGCGUGCAGGCCAUGAAGGGCCGGUUCGAGCAGCUCCACGAGGACGCCCCAACACCCGCCACCUCCCCUCCUCCCGCCCACGCCCCUGCGCCCACGCCCAAAACGAGCACGUCUCCUCUACGGCUGAGGUCGGCGUCGGUCAGCGGCGGCCAGGGGGCGUGUCCCUCGGCGCCGCAGGACAGGAAGCCGUCGGAGCGGUUCCUGGACACGAGGGAGGAGGUCAGGAAGCACCUGGGCAGCAGGUCGGCGGCGCGGGCGGAGGAGGCGGCGCCCAAGAACAGGUCGUUUCUGGCCGGCAUCGUGUCCCCGGCCUUCAUCGGGUCGCGGGGCCUGAGGUCGUCCUCCACGUCCUCCUCUCCCAAGAAGAGCCUCAAGAGGAUCGGGACGUCGGAGCUGAACCUUGUCGAGCGCGGGGCCGAGGACGAGGUCGACACGCCCCUGCGCAGGGUGUCCGACGGGAACGGCGUCGGAGGGAAGCCCAGCGUGGUACGGAGGAUCCCCGUGUUCAAGUCGGUGGAAGGAGGACUCGAUAACAGGCGGGAAGAGGGAGGGGGCGCCCUGAACGCCAACGGCGACCUGGGCGAACACGACAGAAAGAAGGUUCUCGGCCACGCGCGCUCGAGGUCUCACGGGAACUUCAUCAUAACGAGAGAUGUUGAGAAGGAUGUCGGUGCGGGAGAGAAGGGCGUCGGCGGUGUCACGAAAGCCAAAGAGAACAUCUGGAACAAGGAUGUCAUCGUGAGGGCCAUGAGGCAGAAGAGCAGCGACAACCUCUUCAACAACAGGGAUUCCAGGAGCGACUACUCCUUCGAGGGCAAGCAGAAACUCGUGGCCACGGUGGUGAAAAAUAUGAGAAACAAAGAAAAGCCCAACGUUCUGAGAAAGUUUAGCUUCACUUCGAAGACUGAAAAAGAGUUAAAGAACAAGAAAGAGAAAGCAGUUGCCCCGGCUAAGAAGGACAAGCAGCAGGUCCUGCCUGUCUCCGCGCCAGAAAAAAAGCACAAGUGGAAGGACAGAGAACACAAACCAGAUAAAACCUUUACAAGUGUCAAGAAGAUUGAGAUAAAAGCAGCGUAUCCCUCUUCAGAUGGAAAGACAUCACCGACAUCGGUGAAUAUAGUAACCUCAGAUGCUGUGAUUGCAACUGCUGCAAUUGCAAAAGCAGUAGCGAAUAUUGCAGCCUCGAAAGCUGAAAUGAGCGUAGCGGACGGCGGUGAAUCCGCCAGUCCCCCGGCGACCAGCACUUCGUCAGAGCCUCCAGCCCGACCCCCGCGGCGGCGAGUAGGGCUGACACCCCGGAAGAAGGGCAGGGCUCCGUCCCCGCCGGGUCCGCCGGGGGAGGCGCCUCAAGCACACAAGCACACUUUGUCCGAGGAUGAAGGGUCUCCUAGUCACUUACGUGCUGAGGGCCGCAAGUCAAUUGACAUCCACGAAACACGCAUGCUUGCAGAGAUCGAGCUGAGCGAUGGCAUUCAUCCAGAUGGCUUUAGAGACGCGCGGUUGCUUGCGACAGACAGGCACAGAUCCUCCGACUCCCUGAGUGCAAGCAAGGUGUCCGACAGAUCGAGGCAAAGCUCCCCAGUGACGGCUCCCGAUGCUUCCCCCGUGUGGGUCAAGAGAACGUCCGUUUCUAGUCUAGGGUCCAGCAGGGGGGCGUCCCCGGUGGAGGCUGCUCUCGGGGCAGCCAGUAAGGGGGAGAAUAGAAUAGUUCCCGGCGACCUGAGAGGGCAUCUCCAUGACAGUGACCAGCGGGCAGCCUCCAGGCUCGAGGGCGGGGUGCGCUCUCCUCAGCCGCACCAAGGCGAGAGCGGCGGUGAAUCCAAGUUCGACUCUUCGGAGAAUGCGGAGCUGGAAGGCCUCCCUAUGGGCCCCCCGCCCAAGAAGCCACCGAGGACCUUCGCCUACGACAUCUACAAGAACAGCAAGGUGUCCCGGAGUGCGGGCGAGGCCGUGGAGGGCGCGGACAGCGUGGGGGAGAGCUCCGUGUCCAGCAGUGAGAAGCUGAACGCGUCCCCAGAGCCUGUUUACGCAGUGCCGGUCAAGAAGAAAAAAGGUGACAAGAAGCUCGACAUCAAGCCUCCCAUCAGGAGCAACAGCGACCUGUCGAAGAGGGAGCUCGUGAAGCCCUCGGUGGCGCCGAAGCCUCCCCACAUCAUGACCAAGGCCAAGAGGGCUUCCAUGGUUGAUCCGCUUUCUUGCCCGGAGAAAGACGAGGAAGCAGCCAUGACGUCAGAGUUCCAGCGUCAGGCACACAUCCGCUACAGCCUCCGCAGACCCAAGAAGCCUCCGCCGGCGCCCCCUCAGAGCCCCGAGGCCGACAGGGCGCAGGACCUGGGCGGCAGCAGCAGCGACGUCGCGGGAGCCAGGGCGAACAGCCGUGUACAUCUGAACUGCUCGUACAACAGCCUCGAGAGCCAGGAGGGGCACCACGCCCACCCGAGGAGCUGCACCAGCAGCCCUCACGACCUGAACUCCGGCGCGUCCGACGUCGAGCUCAGCCCGACUUCGAAGUCCUUCUCGAGCGGCCACAGCAUCGGCAGCAACGACUCCGACCACUUGAAGGCCCCCGCGGCGGCGCUGAGGCUCACGGCCCACUCCACGUACAACCUGCGGACGUCCUCCCCGACGGCGGGAGACGACCAGCCGUCCUCCCUCAUCCACUGCCCGACGGCGAGUCCGACGGCGCUGUCGGCUCUCUUCAGGAAGCGGAGCAUGAGUGACGAGACGCUUUACAAGGGUGCGAGGCACGGCGAGGAACCAAUAUACGCGACUCCAAUUUUCACAAGUAACAAGGGUUCUUCUGGACAUUCAAGGCAGAGAGAGCUCCACUACAUGUGUUCAAUACUAUUCUCGAACGACGAGGAGGCAGACGGAGGCCGCGACGGGACGAGGUGCCGGAGGAACAGCCGAGGAGGAGGAGGGUCAGGAGCAGGGUCAGGAGCAGGGUCAGGAGCAGGGUCAGGAGCAGAUUCCUCCGCCGACGGAAGCAAGAACCGCGCGGGGAUCAUCUCCGCGUGGAAGAGGGAAUUCCGACAGAGCUGCAGACACGUCCAGAACAAGAUUAAGAAGUCGGUCAUCAGAUAGUCUGAGUGUUUUUGUUUCAGUUUUGUUUUUUUGAGUGAUUAGGUGGGUGGGUAAGUGGGUGGGUGGGCGGGGUGGCUUGAGUCAGUGAUGUGAUGGGGGAUACCAGUUGUUGGGAUUGUGAAAAUUGUAUUAGUUGUUGCAGCCAAAAUGUUUUUGGUAUUCUGAUUAUAUAUAUAUAUAUAAAUAUAUAUAUAUAUAUAGAUGUAGAUAUAGAUAUAUAAUCAGAAAGAUAAAAAGGAGGCUGUCAGUGCUAUUGAAUUUAUGCUUCCAACAUUAUAAAUAUUCGUCUAAUGAUGCUAAUUAUUCAGGUUCCAACGUGGCUUACAUUUGCUUGGAAAUCUGUGAUGACCUACAUUGUAUAGUGAUAAAAAAAUUAUGUUGUAAGACAUAAUUAGACCAAAGUUAAUGUUAGUGAUUACGGUACGAAGAAUCUCUAUGGAUAAUACUCUAGUAGCUGAAAGCAAACACUAUAUUUAUGCACUCAGUAGAACAUCAUAUUCCGCUUCCUUAGUCAAACGUAAAUUAUUGUCCGUGAGAUGUGUUAGAGGGUUUCUUAAGCAUCUACCUCCAAUAUUGUAUCUACAUAGCCAGUGUGAGGCGCCGGGGUAUUUACACCUGGCAGACACACUCCUCUCUCUACCUACCUUUAUACCUUUAACUUGUAUCUUUAACUCUUUGUUUUGUGCGACGACAGUGACCCUUACUGUUCCACCACCUGUAGCUUGGUGAUUGGUUGUGACACAGGAUAUUAUGGAAGGCUUAUUAGUGGAAAUUAUUUUUCCCCUUUUCUCUUGAUUUUUUUCCCUCUAUUUUUUUUUUUUUUUUAUAUAUAGAAGAGGUUAUUAGUGGAAAUUGUUAUUAUUAUUAUUUUUUUUAGAAGAGGAAAUUCAUCCAGGUGUGGGUGACUCACAAGCUACCUGUGAUUCUGGAGUGAUUAGGUUUUGUCACACAAUCGAGUAAUACUUUGGAUUGAAGCUUAUACUAAUAAGUAUAGAAAAAAGCGAUGGUACUUAUGGACAUAUAUAUAUAUAUAUUUUGAGAAGGUGGAUUUUCAAAUACAUCACUCUUUAAUUGUCUAAAUGAAUGGCCUUUAAGUGAUACGAUUUUCUAUGCAGUGUAGAGAUUUUAGAAAACCUUUUUUUAUCAUGGCCAUCCUGUUUUUAUAAUUGUAUUUUAGGAAUUUUAUACCGUGUGAAAUGAAGGAAUAGCAUGAGAGGAACAUAACAUUUUCGAAGAGUAUAUUUCUGAAAUGUCUUCUUGUGAAACAUGUUUCUCAUUAUAUGAUCUGAUAUGUAUCGUCUGUAAAUAAGCUAAAGCAAAAGAAAUUUAUGUAAAAUAAUUAUAUUAUUGAUGCUUGACAUUAAAAAAAAAAACAAAAAAACAUUAGUCACUGAUCAUACUUAAGCUCUUAGUGUUCUUAUAUAUUUUUUAUUUGUUUAAAGGUAUGUAAAUCGAGUUUGAAUAACAUAACUCGUGUAAAGAAUUGAGUACCAUUAAAUUAUUUGUAUUGUUGUUGACUUGAAUAAAUUGUUAUAAAUAUCUGUAUAUACAGGGUAAUAAAGCUUGAUUUUAUUACAUAAGGUGGAAGGUGAAAGACCUGUGCCUGAAGGGAUAAUAAAACAAUAAUUUUUUUAU